CUCCUCUCCGAGCUUCAUUCAGAAACGAACGCUCGCUUAGUACGCUUCGAGUUCUUGAACGCUACCAUUGUGCCGUUAAAUUCGCUUACGCGCCAUGUCUACUGUGUACGAUUAUCCCGCCACAACCCACCACCUUCAUGCCUACGACGCCAAACCCAUGUCGAAAACCAUGCAGUAUAGAAAAGUGAUGAAACCAUUACUGGAAAGAAAACGACGAGCCAGAAUCAAUCGCUGUCUGGACGAAUUAAAGGAUCUGAUGGUUUCUGCUUUGGCCAUGGACGAGGAAAACAUAACAAAACUAGAAAAAGCCGAUAUUUUGGAGAUUACCGUCGCCCAUUUACGAAAAUUGAAAAAAGAAAAACAAAUUCUUAACAAUCCCGUCUUGGAAGCUGACCGAUUCCGCUCCGGAUAUACUACUUGUGCCAAGGAAGUGUCCAGAGUGCUCGCUUCAACCCCCGGAGUCAACAUUCAACUGGGUACAAGGCUGAUGACGCAUCUAGGUUGUCAGCUAAACGAAUUAGACAACUUGUCUCCUAAAGUAUCCGUUCCGCUAGUAGUCAAAGUUGGACCUACAAGUGAUUUCAGUGAAGAUAGCUACCAUCAAGGAUACAGUAUGCCGUUAACACCACCAGCAUCAAGAGGCUCGCCUUCUCCGAUUAGUGUAAGUGAUUGUGACAAUAGUCAAGUUUGGCGACCGUGGUAAAUUCGUAAUAACAAACUGCGUUUUUGUAAAUAUGGACAAUUAUCGCAAAUUCUUUAAAAGCUUUAUUCUAUUAUAGUAUUUAUUUAUGUGAUAUUAGAUUAAGGAGAAUAAUAUUGAAUUUGUAAAAAAAUUAAAAUGGUACAAAACUAAUAUUUGUUAACUGUGAUAUUAAAUCCUAGGUUUUUCAUAUUUUAAUAAAAAAAUUAAAUUUA